GCUGUCACGGAGGGGGAUUCAUACCGGGCUUAGAAAUCACUUGAUUUAACUCAGCAGCACUUUUUUUCUUUACGUAUUUAUUACUCUAGCAGUCCUCUCUAAAUGCUUGAGGCAUUGGAUUUCAUGUCAGCCAAAGGGAUCAUGACAAAGAGCAACCAGGAAGUUUUUUAGAGAAGUAAUUAUUUUACAUGCAGGAACUGGAUCUGCAUGGCCCUGUGAGGUUCUGGGUAUCUUGUGAAAACCAUUGUAGUUCGCUGGCAAGGGAAGGAAAUACCCCAGUGAUACUCAAGCCACAAGCCAUACUUCUGGUACCAUGUCUGUUAUGCAAAAGAAAGGCAGCAGCCACCUGCUCUGCAGUCGGCGCUCGAGUAAACUGAAGCUGCAGGAGGACCAGCAACAGCAAGAAAAAUCUGUCAUUGCUCAGCCAAUAUUUGUUUUUGAAAAGAGAGGACAAACUUUUAAGAGACCUGCAGAAGAUUCAGUGUGUGAAGUAGCAGACCAUGAAUGUAAUGGUUUUUCAAGAAAGCGUGUUCGGUCUUCAUCUUUUACUUUCCAUACUACAGAUUCUCAGUCCCAAGGAGUUUGCAAUCUGCUUUCAGCAUCAACCUUGAACCAGAAGCGAAUGAGAUCAUCAUCCUUCACUGACUACCCGGCCUUCCCCCCUUCUGGGCUAGUGAAGAAAAACAAUGUUUUUAUGACAUCAACUCUUGUGCAAAAGAAUGGUGAUAUGAGCAGUGCAGAACGAGGUCCUGUGAAACAUUCUGAACAUGUUUUAAGACCUGCUAUUUUGCAGCCACCUCAAAGGUGUGAAAAAGUAAAAGAAACAUUUGGACACAAUGUAUUAGAAUCCUGCAAGACUAAAGAUAAUGCAAAAAAUAAGGUUUCUGAGGGGAGUUCCUGUUUGCUAAAUGAGAAUUUACCAAGUGCCAGAAUCUCAGUUCAGCUGCCUACUGGUCAGCAUUUUUUAGGUGCUUCAACAGUAGGAUAUCAACCAAAUGAAGAAACAUGUUCUUUAAAAAGCUACAGUUCUGAUUUUGUUUUUGGAGAAAACAUGGUAGAAAGAGUUUUGCGUACUCAAAAUUUCACUCAGCCUCAACCUGAGAAUGAUUCAUAUACCAAGGAAAAAACAUUCAAAUCUACUCUGAAAUUUCCUAACAACUCUCCAAAUUCAAGAACAGAUUCUCUUAAAAAUACAUCCCUAAUUGAAUCAGCUGCUGCUUUCUCUUCCAAACUGUCACCAAAAUACUUGCUGGAGAAAAUUGAUAUUAUAACAGGGGAGGAAGCAGAACAUAAUGUGUUAAAGGUCAACUGCAAGCUUUUUAUAUUCAACAAAACAACCCAAUCUUGGACUGAAAAGGGCAGAGGAACUUUAAGACUGAACGACACAGCAAGUAGAGACUGUGGGACAUUACAAUCAAGACUAAUUAUGCGCAAUCAAGGCAGCCUGAGGCUGAUUCUCAAUAGCAAACUCUGGGCUCAAAUGGAGAUACAAAGAGCAAACCAUAAAAAUAUACUAAUAACAGCUACUGAUUUGGAAGGCUAUAGCAUCAAAGUAUUUUUAAUUCAGGCCAGUGCCAAGGAUACAGGAUAUCUGUAUGCAGCAAUACAUCAUCGUCUCGUUGCCCUUCGGAGUGUCAAUAAGCAGAAUGAUGUAAAUCAAGCGGAAAGCCAGUCAGAAACAAAUCUCCAACAAUUAAACUGUGAUAGCUGUGAUGAGGAUGAAGAUGAGGAUGAUUUCAUCCAAGUCACUAAAAAUGGAUCAGAUCCUUCUAGGUGGACCCACAGACAGUCGAUUGCCUGCUCAUGAGCACUAACUACUAUAAACAUGACAGCAUCUACAAAAAGAUUGGUCACCUUACUGAAAAUAUUAAACCAUCCUAACUGAAUGAGAAAAUCCUGUUCAUUCCUUAAAGGGUUUUUAUGGAAAAGUUUAAGAAAUAUUAUUUGUUGUAAUUUGAAUUUUUCUCUUUAUGUAGUCUAAUAAUUCUGAGGUUUUACAUUUUGAUUAUUGUGGAGUAAUGCCAGAAUUUAAGAAAUACAUGGACUUCAGAAGUUCAAAAUUCAUAAUUUAUGAAGCAGUAUUAAAUUAGGAUUUGAUAAUUAAUUUGGACAAUUCAUCACAUUGAUGAAUAUAAUAGUUAAAAUUAUACAUUUCUGGAUUUGAUAAAUAGAUAACUAAAAUAUUUAUUUUUUCAGUCAAACAUUGUUUGGAUGUAAAAUAAAUAUUUUACAAAAUUUCCAGAUCAUUUCUUUAAAAAACACUAUAACUGCAUAAUAACAUUUCAUUAAAUCAUGUUAUCUUCUGGGAAAUGUGUAUUUUCAUUAAACAUUUGGGUUUCCUAAUAUUGUAAGCUUAUAUAUUCAUGUAUGAAUUCCUUAAAGAGAAUAUAUCUGUUCUUGGGCUUCUAUCUAUUGCACCUUGCAUCCAGCAGUUGUUGAAUUAAAAAAAUAUAAGCCAUUACCUAUGUAUCAAAAUAGCAAGUAUAAAAAAUGCCAAAUAUGUUAACUUGUUAUUCUUUAUUUAUGUAAUUAAGUUGUCUUUAAUAUUCUAUUCAAUGUGGCUGUAAAGAGACUUUUUUAAACAAACAUACCAUAUGUAGUCAAAUUAGUCUUUUUCUAAAAUUUCAUUAUUAUGGUAGACUCUACAGUUAUUUCAAUUGUGCUAGGCUUUUUUUUUUUUUUAUUUUGCCAUCUACAGACAAUUUUUAUCCCGAUAAUUCACAGAAAACACUUGGAAUCAGCUACAGGCCACACUGCAUCAUGUUCAACAAAAGGGACUGUCUCAGAGACCCAUGGGAAGUACUAUGCCAAGUGCUUUGAGGCAUGGGUUUAUGAUGACAUUACUUAAAUAACUUGGAGAUUAUACCACUAGACUGAGUCAAGAUUCCAGAAUUCUUAUGAAUUCUAGAACUAGAAUUCUAGUUCAUGAGAUUGCUAACACAAGAUUGAUUGGUCAAGGACUAAUUACCUAGUACUGAAUGAACUGUUAAGAAUUAUAGUUCUGUUUGGAUUAUUGCUGUUGUCUUAAUAUUCUAUUUUUCUAUAUACAAGAAAUCCCUUACUCUUUUCCAUUAACCUAUCUAUAAUUCAUAAAUCAUUCAUCUUUUUCUCCCUGCCUGGACCUUCCAAAAUUUAGAAACUCUUAUUGAAUAUUCUUAUUUUUAUGGUAAAAUAAUUAUUUGCAUAGGUCAAUCAGAAAGUGUCCUCCUUGUUAACAAGACACAAUUGGAGACAAUGGUUAUAUAACCAAAGCUUUGACUGGAAUGUCAUAUUUGAGGAUGAUGCUCAUUUAAUUAGACGUAGCCACAGAGAUUUAUGGAAUGAAUGUUGACUUUAUGAAGCCAAUGUUUAGAAAAGCCUCUUAGAAAACCUGUCUGGUACCAGGCUGCAUGGUUCCCAGCCUUGCAGAUCAAUAAAAAAGCUACAUUCUGGCAAGUAUAGGAACCAUAUGAUUCUUUGGAGACCAUGAGAAAGAGGAAUUCACCCUAAUCUAUAGGUUCUCCAGGUGUCAAGUUUUUGGCAUGGCUUCCUAGCCUAGAAAGGCUUUGAAAAGUCCAAUGAGAGGUUCCUUAUGAAAACUACCAGCAAGGCAAACUUAAAAAGGUCUAUAUGGUACAUUGCCAUUCUUGCUGCACCUGUGUAAAUAAUCAGGCCAAAUUUAACGAAACCAGACUUAUUAUAUCAUGAAGAAUAAUCUUUUUCAGGUUGUCUUUGACCAAAAGGAGAGUGACUAGAGAAAUUUUUUGUUUCAACAGGAAAUGUAGCACACUUCUGUGGGUUAUUAGAUUCUCCUUAUGUAAAUUUUUUGAGCUAUUCUGCAUCCCCUUUGUAAACUGAAGCUCACUGCAUGAAUUUUGUUACCUGCUUUUAAAUUGGAGUGGAUCCUGUGUUCUUGCAUGCAUUGUCAACACUAAAUGCCAGUCAGAAACAUGAACUUUCUUUUUUCAAUUAAAUUUAUCAGAAAAUUUAAAGAAACAGACAAUAAAAAAAAAUUCCAAA